UUGAGGUGAGCGGCUUCUGUACUCAGAGAAAUUAGCUAAAGCUCCGCGAAGUGAUAAACUGCUCUUUAGUUAGCAGACCUGUAGGUCCAUAUUUCUUCUGUUCAACGCAAAUAAUAUCGAUACUGUGUCUGACAGCUGAAGUGAAGCAGUCAUGCCGAAGAAAGGAGGAAAGAAGGGAGCAGGAGGAAAGCAGGCCGCGAUGACGGAGGAGGAGAGACUGUUGUACAUGCAGCAGAAGUCUCAGGCUGAGGAAGAAAUGGCCAGAAGAAAAGAAGACAUGCUCACUCAGUUCCUUAAGGAUAAGCUGCAGAAAGAAGAGCGGAACAGCGCAAUAAAUAUGCACAAAUUGACACAACAGUGGCGUGCAGUCCUGCGGCAGACAAGAGCAGCAGAGCUCCGCAGUGAUAUUGCAAUCCUCAGCCAGACAUUUGAGAGAGUACUUGACCGCAAGGACAGUGUCAUUAAGUCGUUGGUGUCUGAUCUGAGUGAAGCAGAGCAGCAGUCAGCACUGGCUCUCCGGGCUCACCUUCAGUGUUUGGAUCGUCUAUUGGAGCUACAGAAAGGUCGACUGGCUGCACUGAAGUUACAGUGGAACAACAGCCUUGAGGAACUUAGCUCUGAGUACAAUACUGAGAGGGAACAGAUUCUGACGCAGCACCAACAGGAUAGUGCCUAUCUGGAGGAUGUCACCUUUGCAAUGGACCAGCACUAUGGUGAAAUAGACAACGAGGCUAGGCAGGAUUAUCAGAGCACCCGUGAUGAACUCAAAAACCGGAACAUUGAGGAGAAGCAUGCACUCCGUAUCCAACUGGAAGGCACAGUGGAGGAGCUUUGGCGGCAGUUCCAGCAAGCACUGCAAAGUUACAACAAAGCCACAGAGGACCGACACAUCACUUUUGAUUCGCUCCGUACUAAAGACCAGCGCAGUGCUAAGGAGAUAGACCUGCAGAUGAGACACUUGCAGAAGAUACAGGACUCCAUCAACGCUCUGCGUUCUCGGCUGAGCUCCGGUCAGAAGGAAAGCGAGAUGUCUGCACGAGGUCUUCGCGCAGCUCGUGAGGAGGUCACCCAGAAGGUCCAACAGCUCAAGGCUAAGCUCACUCUGGCCCGGGCAGCUGAGAGAAAACAGCUAGCUAAUCUCACAAUGCACAGCAAUAACACCACUAAGAAACUCCAGGACAUUAUUGCAAAGGGGGAGAAGUUGUUAUGUCUGGCUGAAAUGUGUCGCAAGCUUGAGACGGAGCAGGAGAAAGUUCUUCCAUUCUACACAUCAUCAUUAAGUGCUGAGGAGCUGAAUCAAGCAAGAGAACAUGCCAUGGAGCCACCAUCUGAAGAACUAGCACAGGCAAUGCUAGACUAUACUGUUCUGGAAAAGUUCUGGCAACGUUACAACAAGGUUCUAUUGGAACGUUUGUGCCUGGAGCGAGAGAAGGUGGUUCUAGGUCGGGAGAACCAGCAGUUAAGGGUUCUUCUCAAGCAGUAUCUGGACGGAAUCUCUGUCAGUGAUGAGGUCCUAAGCCAGCGGAAUCCACUGCUCAUGGUGUCCCGCCAGUCACUACAAGCCACUCCCACUUCUGAGGCACAAACUCAAAAGCGGCACACAGUUAUAGAGGCAGCUCAUGUGGUGCAACACACGCUGUAGAGAAUAUACACCAAAAAAUAAAUAUAAAAGCAGUAUUGUUCCAAAGACAAUGCUGGCUGAUGU